GCGGCGCGCGGCAGCACAGCUCACCGCCGGAGUUUGCGCAGUGGGCCGCGCGGACGCAGAUUCCAGGCGCGCGAAUGUUGGCGUGUCGGCCUCCUGCACCACCCGUGAGCCGUAAUCAAGCCGUAGUCAAGCCGUAGAGACAUUCAGGAAAUUAAGCGGCCAGCAAAAUAUGGGGCUGACCGAAUAAGCGCGACCUGCAGCCGGCGCCCCUCUAGCUAUUUUAAUUACUAUUUCCCUGCCUUGGGUAAGGAAGGGCCUAAGCUUGUCUGCGAGCAGGCAGUUCGGCACGAUGGCCUCCGCCGUGUCGCCCUCGGAAGUGGAGCGGCCGAAGCAUCACCCGUUUCUGAUAGGGGUGAGCGGAGGGACCGCCAGCGGGAAGUCCACUGUCUGUGCAAAGAUCAUGGAGCUGCUGGGACAGAACAAGGUGGACCAUCGCCAGAGGAAGGUCGCCAUCAUCAGCCAGGACAGCUUCUACAGGGUUCUGACCACUGAUCAGAAGUCCAAAGCACUUAAGGGCCAGUACAACUUUGACCACCCAGAUGCUUUUGACAAUGAGCUCAUGUACCAAACCCUGAAGGAUAUCGUGGAAGGGAAGGUUGUUGAGGUUCCGACGUACGACUUUGUCACCCACUCCAGGCUGCAGGAGAGGAUUACAGUGUACCCUGCCGACGUGGUUCUGUUCGAAGGCAUCCUGGUUUUCUACACGCAGGAGGUCCGGGACAUGUUCCACAUGAAACUCUUUGUGGACACGGACUCUGACGUCCGUCUCUCUCGGAGAGUUCUGAGGGACAUGAAGAGAGGCCGCGACCUGGAGCAGAUCUUGACUCAGUACACUACUUUUGUCAAGCCUGCUUUUGAGGAGUUCUGUCUGCCGACCAAGAAAUAUGCUGAUGUCAUUAUACCUCGAGGUGUUGACAACAUGGUGGCCAUCAAUCUCAUUGUGCAACACAUCCAAGACAUCCUCAGUGGGGACAUUUGUAAAUGGCAGCGGAGUUCAGUGGGUGUGCACGGCCGUGGGUUCAAGAGGGUCAUCUCUGACCAAGGAGACACUCUCCCAGGAAAAAGGAUUUCCAUGGAGCCCAGUAGCCGGCCUCACUGAGGGGAGGAGCUGGGCGAGCCCUGACACCACCUAGGUACCAGGCCGUCGUCAGGAUGCCGAGUCACACGCAAAGGUAGAGAGUGACUUCAGAAACGAAGGAACACCAGGUCAGCUGAAAAGAGUAAUUCUCAGUCUUCCUCUUACCACAUCCAGCCAAUUCCAUACAAGCUGUUUGGAAAUAGACAAACCAUGAUAUUUAAGGAUUCAUAAUAAUUUAAAUGUGCACCAAGACGUAAAUUCAGAGAUAUUUAUCUAUCAGAACACACCAGUACAAAAACCAAAACCCCCCACCUGGUAGUGCAAUGUACAGAGAAUUUCCUUGAAUGUUGUCUGAUUACAAAAAUAAUUUCGUCUGAUGACCUGCCAGGUGUGGAUUUCAGACUCUCCAUAGGAAAUUGACUUGGUAAACUUAAUCACUCCUUGAGUUUUCCAUUUAUUUACAAUAUUCUUCAUGCUCCCCAUCUUAAUUGUAAUUAACUACGGAAUGGUCAUUUUAAGUAAUAAGCAGUUAACAUCUCUUCGCUUUGUAUAAGAGAUGAUAUUUGUUCUUUGAUUUUCACCCAGGAUAAACAUGAAAACGUCAAUAAUGGAUGUUUGUCUGAUGUUGCUAAUCAUUACUCCUGUGGACUUGUGUUAGUACAGAAUGUCAGCUGACUAAUGUAGAAUGAUAAUAGUACAGUCAUUGUCUUUUCUUUUUUUGUGUCAUUUUAAAAUGACGAAAUAAAAGGCUUCCAUAGGUGAAUGUAUGCCAGUUAAUUCUGUAUAUUCAAUUUUCAAAUUAAAUAUGUAAUAAUA